UGAACGUCACCGAGUGAAGACACGAGUCAUAUCAUUGUAUUUCAAAGACAAAGUUUAAAAGUUAAAAAUACUUGUUACUUCUGUGACCGAGUGUUGGAAAAGCAGCAUAAGAUAGCCGGGUUCCAGUGGGCGUUGGAUUGCUGUGCUUUGUGCUGCUGAGAACUCCAAUUGGUUUUUUGUGUGAUCCUGAAGUCUGGUUCCAAGCUGGACUUGAGUUUGAUGGCGAGCCAGUCCCAGUGAGUGAGAGUCUGCGGAGAGGGAGCGUUUGGAUGUGGUGUGGCCAGCUACAUCGGUCUCCACCCUCUGCAGUGACCUAUUACUGAACUGAUCUACCAUCAGAGUCGCAAGUAUCGAACCGAAUCAAUACGGAAUAACGGAUUACAAAAGAACUAAGGAUUCCCAACAAAGGAAUAUAGACAGUAUUCAAUUCAGUACUACCCGGAUAGAAUUCAAAUUUAAAAGGGACAUUUCUUCUAUUUUUUCUAUUUUGAUUUUUGUAACAGAGCUCUAUUUUAUUCUAUUUUUGGGGUAUUUUCAAUUCAAAAAGCACACUGUUCAUGUGUUGUUGUUUAUUAUUGUGCAAUAAAUUUGCCAGCAGCUGUUCUGUGGUCCACUACGUACAAAACGUCUCAUUUCGAGUAUCUCAAUUAUACGGCCAAGAACCUAGUAAUCUAAAUUGUUGUACUAACCUGCUAUCCUACAGUAGGGGUGCUACACACUUGGCGAGCCAGCCAGGAGAACGCUGUGAUUCUGAAUCCAUACUCUACAUACAAUACAGAACAGCUCUGGCACGUUUGUUCACAAUUUUUGUAAUACCUCUGACUUAACACUUGAAAUAUGGAUGUCAUUAAGUCUGAAAACAUUAAGGUACCCAGUUCAGUACUGGUCAGUGGCAUGUCUGGUACUGAAGUAGAUGAGGAGGUAUUUGACUUUUUGAAACAAUAUGGGUCUAUUGAAAGAGUGGUUAAAAUUGACAGUUCCGAUGCUAAAUUCCCAAAUUCAGUUAUUGUUGAGUUUAAAUCUGGUGAAGGUGUUAGUGUUCUUGCACGUGAUUUACCAUAUAACAGACCUUCUUCAGAUGACAAAAUUAGACACUAUGUGCAGCUCUUAUCUAGUGUUUAUGCUGCUAAUUGCAGGUUCGAACAUAACCAAAUUCUACCUGUGUGAGCUUGAAGGCAUUGCAAAAUUGAGUGGCACAGACUUUGAGGAAGUCCUGCGAGAGGAGUUGGCCAGAAUUCAAGAAAGCCGGCCAGCUCAACGAGAUGAGGAGGUUGAGCACCAAACCCCCUCGUCUACUCCUCACAAGAGUGGAGUUGAACCGGCGUCCAUCCAGACCCCAAACCAGUCCACUCUAAAUGUGAAUGAGGUCCCACUUAAACAAACCCUGCCUAGUGGUACCAGAUCACCCUUUCAGCUACCACUUGACCAAAUUAACACACCUGAGGUGCAGAGAAUGGUCGUGGAGCAUAUUGUAAAGAGCAGUGACGUGUCGUCAACACACCAUACCAGGUUGAGGCCUUUCUCUGGGAAAACUCCCUGCCCCAGCCUGGAAGUCGAUUAUGACACUUGGCGUAGUAAUGUUGAGUUCUACUUCAGCGAUACCACAAUCCCUGACAAGCAAGUGGUCAGAAGGAUUGUAGAAAGUCUCCUUCCUCCAGCUGUAAAUGUUGUAAAGCAUCUUGGGCCCCAGUCGAGCCCACGUGACUAUUUGCAUGUACUUGACUCAGCCUACGGUACUGUGGAUGAUGCUGACGAGCUCUUUGCAGUAUUCCUUACCACCGACGCAGAGCCGGGUGAAAAGGCGUCUGCUUAUUUACAUCGCCUACAGUCAAUACUGAGCAAAGUAGUCAAGAGGAAUGGCAUUCCUGCCAGCGACGCAGACCGGCAACUGCUGAAACAGUUCUGCAGGGGAUGUUUCAACAAUAGUUUAAUCACACAUCUUCAGCUGUCCCAACUGCAGAAAGAUGCCCCACCCUCGUUCUCCGAGUUGUUGCUCUUAGUGAGGACGGAGGAAGACAAGCAGGCUGCCAGAUCUCGUCAUGAGAGGGACAUAGCAGCCGCUGCUGUAAAGGAUAACUAUAAUGAGGGUACAGAGAGAAUACAAAAACAACUAGCACAACUUCAAGCCCAGUUGGCAAACCUGAAAGCAUCCAUGGGUAAAUCUUCCACAAAAACUACCUCCAAGGGAGCUAAGCCGAAUAAAUCCAAGGCAAAGGAGCCUAAGACAGAGGCUGUCCAUAGAAGCAAAAAGAAACCACGAGCGUGGUAUUGCUUUAACUGUGGCGAAGAUGGACAUAUAGCGCCAGUUUGUCCCAACGAGUCCAACCCGGAAGUUGUUGAGGCUAAACGCCAAGAACUCAAAGAGAAACAAGAGCUGUGGGACGAACAAAGCAAACUGGAUUUUUAA